UCCUAUAGUUGCUUCUUGUGUUAUGCUCUGUUGUGUCUAGAGGUAAGAACGAAAAUCAGAGCGACCUAGGCGCUGAAGAAGCACAGCGUAAUUUGGAGUAACUAAAACUAAGUUCGUCGAGAAACUUCCCCGUCUUGGGGUAGCGGCAAGCAAAUACAACAGUGGCAGCGUAAUCUUUGGAACAGAAAAAAGCCAUCAUCGACCACAUACCAUGCGGCCUUCUGUGGUAGUGAUCACUGUACUUAUGGAGUUUACUAUGAUUCCAGUUUGCUUCUGUGGACACAAUGGCGGUGGUGGUGGUGGUGGUGGAUGGCAUGACGGAGAUAGCGGGGGCUUUAGUUCGUCGUUUAAGAAAGUCGGGCCUCCCGUCGUUGGCAGCAUUGGGGGUCACGGCGGGGGAAGCUGGUCCAGUGGCGAAUAUGGGUCUGGUCACGGCGGGGGAAGUUGGUCCAGUGGCGAAUAUGGGUCCGGUCAGGGCGGAUCGUCAAGUGGAAUCGGAGGUAAUAAACAGUACGGAAGCGGGCAUUUUGGCAGCGGAUGGUCAGAUGAUCAGAAGGGAGGCCACGGAGGUGGCUGGAAAGGUGCGGAAGAGUGGAGGCCGUACCACUUCGGCUACCAGACACAUUCGCAUGAUGCAACCACUGCUCGUGAGGAGAAAACUGAUGAACAUGGCAGGGUGUCGGGAUACUAUACACUGAUGACUGCUGAUGGACGAAGCAGGAAGGUGUCGUAUGUGGCCGAUGAGCAUGGUUUCCGAGCAAAGGUUGACACCAACGAGCCAGGAACUGCCAAUGAAGAUCCUGCUAGCGCCCAUUUUCGGUCAUCCGCUCCAAAGGUCGUACACUCUCCAACAGCGCAUAAAAGUGGCCAUGGAGAAUGGCAAGACCAGGGUCAGAGUAGUUGGUCUGGAGGACAUUCGAGCGGUGAUGAGAGAGUACGUGGCGGUUGGCAGGUGAACACCAACGUUAAUCACGGAGGUUGGACUGGUGGCAACCGUCAAGACCGGAACAAGAGAUGGUAAAGGCCAAUUUGCUAAGCCCGAGAAGAAUAAUUUACCAGAGUGCUGUGCCGGAAUCUCUGAACGGUGAACGAUUCAUUAGCAUCCGAGAAAUAAUAAUUUUAUUAUGCUAUUUUACUUAACCAGAUCAAGUAUUCAAGCUAGCCACUUAUAGCUUAGCUACCUGGUGUGAAAAAAACUAAAUCUUCCAUCGACGUUCUUCUGACAGUGAAAGCUGAAGCCACCGCCCGUUUGAGCGUGUUUCGAACUUGUAUUCGUACGAUCUAGGUUGCUACUACAAGCAACGCCAUAAAAUCAUAUAGUCUAAAACUGCAUAGAGCGUUUGUUAGAUGAAUCCCAUAAGGGAUUUGGGUAAUGUAGCAGAAAUGCACUCAAUGUUUCAAGACCUCUACUUGUACAUUAGUUAACGUUUCGACUUAUAUGUGGUCCAUCGUGCAUAUGGGCGUACAUUCGUUAAAUUUCGUGCUCGUCAACGACGAAACUUUGAGGACUCGUACUCCCUGCAUGCAUGCACCGUAACCCUUUGCAUCCUGUUGUCGUUACGUUUCACGAACGUCAUUUGGUCUAUAUGUAGUUGAAUAAAACUGCUCUAUUAACAGAAGACCUUUAUGAUAUAUAGUCUUUGAAACGCUUGCUUAUGAGCUAUGCGCUCGUUCCUAGAUGGAUUUACAUACAUACAUACAUACAUAUAUAUAUAUAUAUAUAUACGAAAAAUAAUUAUAGCACAGGCAUUUCAAAACGCACGACUAAUAACAAUACAGACAACGUCUAUAUCGAAGAAUAGUUGUAAAAACAAAGCCGACCGGAAACAAAUCGCUAUACACGCUGGAUAUGAAUGUAUU